UAUGGUUACCCUUCUAAAAAGGCGUUAAAGGUUGUACUCUUACAUGGAAAUUUGGAUAUAUGGAUUCAUGACGCGAAAAACCUUAUGAGUAAUAGAUUGCCGGGAAACAAAACUAAGAUACCUAGUGAUUUAUAUGUAUCUAUUGCUGUAACAACUGCAGUGAUUGGAAAAACUUACGUCAUUAGUAAUACUGAGAAUCCUGUUUGGAAACAACAUUUUAAUGUCCCUGUUGCACAUCAUGCUGCUGAAGUUAGUGAUGUGUCUCAGCUUAUUGGAAUCGUAGCAAUUCCCGUCGAACAAAUAUACUCAGGAACUAGAAUUGAAGGAUUUUUUCCACUAAUUAACACAAAUGCAGAACCAUGUAAGAAUGGAGCGGGUUUGAAACUUACGAUUCAAUACUUUUCAAUGGACAAACUGAACUUGUAUUAUAACGGUGUUGGAGACGAUCCUCAGAAUUUUGGAGUUCCAGGAACUUAUUUUCCGUUGAGGCGAGGUGGAAGGGUGACACUGUAUCAAGAUGCCCACGUGCACGAAGGGAGUCUCCCAGAAUUUAAGCUUGAUCAAGGCGCACACUAUGUGCACGGGUCUUGUUGGAAUGACAUAUUUGAUGCAAUAAUUCAGGCCCGGCGUCUUGUCUAUAUCACGGGAUGGUCGGUGUGGCACAAAGUAAAAUUAGUCCGUGGGGUGGCUAAUGCACCUGAAUAUACUCUUGGAGAUCUUUUGAAAUCGAAAUCACAAGAAGGUGUGAGAGUUUUGCUUCUCCUUUGGAAUGAACCUACUUCUCGGAACAUUCUUGGCUACAAAAUAGAUGGACUCAAGGCUACCCAUAAUGAAGAAACUCGGGAUUUUUUUAAGCACUCUCCAGUUCAAGUACUGCUUGUUAAUCGUAUGGCUGAGAAAAGACGUAGCUGGAUGACUAAGCAGGAAGUUGGCGCAAUUUAUACACACCACCAGAAAACCGUGAUUGUUGAUACUGAUGCAGGAUUUUAUAGAAGAAGAAUUAUAGCUUUUGUUGGAGGACUUGACUUAUGUAAUGGCCGAUAUGAUUCUCCUCAACAUCCAUUGUUUAGAACCCUACAGACUGUGCAUGCUGAGGACUUCCAUAAUCCUACUUUUGCGACUAAUCUUGAGGGUUGUCCACGAGAACCAUGGCAUGACAUGCAUAGUAAAAUUGAUGGUCCAGCAGCAUAUGAUGUGAUGACCAACUUUGAAGAGCGAUGGCUAAAGGCUUCAAAAUCUCCUGGUUCGAGAGAACAGAAGACUUCAUAUAAUGAUGCUUUGCUCAGAAUAGAAAGACUGCCAGAUAUUUUGGGUGUAAAUGAUCAACCUACUCUAGGGUGGCAUGUGCAGAUUUUCCGUUCAAUUGAUUCAAACUCCAUUGAAGGUUUCCCAGAGGAUCCGAAGGAAGCUAUCGCAAAGAAUUUGGUUUGUGGGAAGAAUGUGAUGAUUGAUAUGAGCAUACAUGCGGCUUACGUGAAAGCUAUCCGUUCCGCCCAGCAUUUCAUUUAUAUCGAGACUCAGUACUUUCUUGGAUCAUCGUACAACUGGAGUUCAUAUAAUGACUUGGGUGCCAACAAUUUGAUUCCUAUGGAGAUAGCUCUAAAAAUUGCUAGUAAAAUCAGAGCACGUCAAAGAUUUGCUGUAUAUAUCGUCAUGCCAAUGUGGCCUGAGGGUGUCCCUACAGACUCUGCUACACAACGUAUUCUAUUUUGGCAGAACAAGACGAUGCAAAUGAUGUAUGAGACCAUCCACAAGGCUUUGGUAGAAUUUGGGCUAGAUGGGGAGUUUUCAACUCUGGAUUAUUUGAAUUUCUUUUGUCUUGGAAAUCGUGAAGCACUAGAUAAGUUAGGUAACAAGAGUCUUGCCAUAGGAAAUACUCCCCAGGGUGGAGCUGAGGGACUUGCUCGUAAGAGCCGUCGAUUCAUGAUCUACGUUCAUUCGAAAGGCAUGAUAGUUGAUGACGAAUAUGUAAUUAUCGGAUCUGCAAAUAUUAAUCAACGCUCUAUGGAGGGAACCCGGGAUACAGAGAUUGCGAUGGGAGCCUACCAACCUAAUCAUACUUGGGCAACCAAACCGUCCAAUCCACGAGGGCAGGUAUAUGGAUACCGAAUGUCACUCUGGGCAGAGCAUCUUGGCCUUGCUGAUGCCUGUUUUACGCAGCCAGAAUCCAUUGAGUGUGUAAGACGUGUGAGAUCAUUAUCUGAAACUAACUGGGAGCAAUUUGUAGAUGAUGAUGUAUCAGAAAUAAGGGGCCAUCUUUUGAAAUAUCCUGUUAAGGUGGAUCGAAAGGGCCAAGUAAAGUCUCUUCCAGGACAUGAAAAUUUCCCAGAUGUAGGGGGUCGAAUCGUUGGAACUUUCCUUGGCAUUAAAAAGGGUAAUGGGGGGGAACCCUAGCCCCGGUAAGUUACAGGUUGAAAGCGAAAGGGGUUUCCCUGUUAAGGCCAAAACAUUCCUUGGCAUUUAUUAGUAUUUCAAGAGAAUUUGAUAAUUGAUGCUUGUUCUUGGACAAUUUUCACUUCUUCAUGAUUAGGAUUCUUAAGAUCAGUUUUUGAUAGAGUUGU